UACGGAUUAGGUUUUGCUUCUCCCCAUUCGCUCUGCCGCAUUUACUCACUCUCUCUCUCUCUCUCUCAAAAUAUUUUCUUACAGGAAAACUUCCUCUCUACGAUCUCUUUUUCAUGGAUUCCAUUGACUAGAGAUUUUUCUUGGUUCCUCAUUGUUUUUUCACCGAGCUGAGCUGUAUCUGUUUAUCUAUCUGAUUAAUUAUCGAGAAAUUGAGAAAUGGCUACCAUAAACCCAUUUGAUCUUUUGGGCGAUGAUGACACGGAGGAUCCAAGUCUGCUCAUUUCUGUUCAGCAGCAGAAAGCACCGGCUUCAGCUCCAGUAAAGAAGGCUUUAGCUCAGGUUCAGCAGGCGGCUAAGCCUGCUGCUAGGCUUCCCGCUAAGCCUCUACCACCUUCUCAGGCUGUGAGGGAGGCAAAGAAUGAAGGUGGUCAGCGUGGAAGAGGUCGUGGUGCGGGACGUGGGGGUGGUCGUGGCCGUGGAUAUAAUCGAGAUUCUGCUGACAAUGAUAAUACAUUUGGAAACAACAAUGGAUUACUUGGAGGGUAUAGGGUUUCAGAAGAUGGAGAUGCUGGAAAUCCAUCUGAACAGCGACCUUAUGGUGGAUCUCGUGGAGGUGGGGGUUUCCGUGGUGGUCGCCGUGGUGGUUUCAGUAAUGGGGAGACUCCUGAUAGUGAACGCCCUCGAAGGGCAUUUGAUCGACGCAGUGGGACUGGGCGAGGAAAUGAGUUUAAACGUGAGGGAUCUGGUCGUGGAAAUUGGGGUGCACCAACUGAUGAGAUUGCCCCGGAAACUGAAGAACCUGUUAACGAAGGAGAGAAGAACGCCGAUGCUGAGAAGGAACCAGUGCAAGAUGAUGUCAGUGAUGCUAACAAGGAUUCUUCUGCAAAUGAACAAGAAGAGAAGGAGCCUGAGGAAAAGGAGAUGACUCUGGAGGAGUAUGAGAAAGUACUGGGAGAGAAGAGAAAGGGACUGCCUGCUCCUAAAUCGGAGGAAAGGAAGGUCAAUUUGGACAAGGAACUUGAAUCCAUGCAACUUCUGUCCAACAAGAAGAACGAUGAUGAAGUCUUUAUCAAAUUGGGUUCUGAUAAAGAUAAACGCAAGGAGGCAGCUGAGAAAGCCAAAAAGGCCGUAAGUAUAAAUGAGUUUCUUAAGCUGGCUGAGGGGGAGAACUACCAAUCCAGUGGCCGUGGCCGAGGCAGGGGACGUGGUAGAGGAGGAUAUGGUGGAAGCAAUAGGAACAACAUGCAAGCCCCAGCUAUUGAAGAUGUUGGGCAGUUCCCUUCCUUGGGUGGAAAGUAAGGGCUUGGAACCUGCU